GAGCCGAUCGAUGAUUUUGCCCUCGCAUGCGAGAACAGCAACAUUUCGCGACUGCGUGUUGACAGGCGGCUAUGUGCACAUCAUUCCGGUAUGUAGAGGGGAGGGGUGCGCUGCACGCUGCACAGGGAGUGACAGCGGCUCUUAUAAAAAUAAAGCCCGCCGCAGCUGCACACUCCAUGCUGGCCUGUCUGCCUGCUGGCUUGCGUGGGCAAAUUCACCUCCGUUGAUAAAGUGGAUCGGAUGAGCCAGAGUUGAAUCGUGUUUAUAUUUCGGAAUUAAAAAACGGUCCACGGAGGUGAACGGUUUUUUCGCGGACUCGCUGGGUGACGUCGAAGACGACGCGGAGGUCGGUCGGUUCUCGUCUCCUAAUGUAGGGAAAUGACCGCGAGUGACCUCGAAGCGACUGCUGGCUUGGUUUAGCAACAGUCAGUGUCGCCAGUUGGUUUUAUCGUCAAACAAUUGCACUAGCGAUAAAAUACGUUCGGCCCGCCACGACGGGGUUCGGCUCAUUUGGGAGGACGGCGCGGUUGUUUCUUAGGAGCUACCGUAUAUUGGCUAACGCUAAUUAGCUCUCGGUUUAGUUUCGCCACAGAGUUGCUAAACCAAAGCUAGGCUACUUUAGCUUUUAUUGCCCGCUUCCCGGCACCCGUAGAUGUUACAGCGAAACUAGACCCAUUCCUACCCAGUAUCUGGCGGCUCGCUUCCCAUUGUCGAAGCUAAGGUAGCCCUAGCUGCUGCUAUGGAUAAAGCAAAGUCAACGGUGGACAAAAAAGGGACGACAUCGGGACUCUUCCGCGUCAACAACGGCCCAAGUCAGAGGAGCUACAACGGGCACAUCAACGGGUGCGUGGGCGCGCUCGCUUCGGCCAGCAGCAGCGGCGGCAACCAGUACGAGACCAACACUCGCCAUAUGCACCGAGGGGACAAUGUGGAAUGCAACGGCUCGCCGGCGAAGAAGAGCAGGCUUCGGAGGAGGACCGAGUCGACGAGGCGGCACAGACCACCGUUCCCAUGGUUCGGGAUGGACAUCGGCGGCACGCUAGUCAAGCUGGUCUAUUUCGAGCCAGUGGACAUCACGGCGGAAGAAGAGCAGGAGGAGGUGGAGAACCUCAAAUCCAUCCGCCGAUAUCUUACCUCAAACGUGGCCUAUGGCAAGACGGGCGUGCGCGACGUCCACUUGGAGUUGCGCAACCUGACCAUGUGCGGCCGCACGGGCAACCUGCACUUCAUCCGCUUCCCCACGCAGGCCAUGCCGCUCUUCAUCCACAUGGGCCGCGAGAAGAACUUUUCCAGUCUGCACACCACGCUCUGUGCCACCGGCGGCGGCGCUUACAAGUUCGAGGACGAUUUCCGCGCCUUGGCCAACCUUGAGUUACUGAAGCUGGACGAACUGGACUGCCUGAUCCGUGGGCUGCUGUUCAUGGACCGGGUGGGCUUCAACGGCCACCCCGAGUGCUACUACUUCCACAACCCCUCGGACACGCAGAGCUGCGUCAAGCAGCAGUGCACACUGGACAACCCUUUCCCAAUGCUGCUGGUCAACAUCGGCUCCGGCGUCUCGAUCCUUGCCGUCUACUCUGAGGACGACUACAAGCGCGUCACCGGGACCAGCCUGGGAGGUGGUACAUUCCUCGGCCUUUGCUGCCUACUGACGGGCUGCGAGACGUUUGAGGAAGCUCUGGAGAUGGCGAGCAAGGGCGACUCCACCAACGUGGACAAGCUGGUCAAGGACAUCUACGGCGGCGACUACGAGCGCUUCGGCUUGCAGGGCUCGGCCGUGGCGUCCAGUUUUGGUCACAUGAUGGGCAAAGAGAAGCGCGACACCAUCAGCAAGGAGGACCUGGCGCGAGCCACGCUGGUCACCAUUACCAACAACAUUGGCUCCAUCGCCCGCAUGUGCGCCGUCAAUGAGAAAAUUGAGCGCGUGGUGUUUGUUGGCAACUUUCUGCGCAUCAACACGGUGUCCACCAAAUUGCUGGCCUACGCCAUGGACUUCUGGUCCAAAGGACAGCUGCGAGCACUCUUCCUCGAGCAUGAGGGCUACUUUGGAGCCGUGGGCGCACUGAUGGAGCUUCUCAAGACCACCGAGGACCCCUGAGUGGCCUAUCUCCUUCCAAUGCUGUGAUGUCAUCAACUCUGGAAACCCUGCGAACGCCGCAGAGGCUGCUAAAGGAAUCACUACAAGACGCAAGAAAGCAAGCAUGGGGAAAAGCCAUCGGGGGACCUCGUGUACGUAGCCAUCAAAGUGUAGAGGUUGUACUAUUGUAAUUACUAAUUUAUGCUAAUUGACUUUGUUCUAGCCCGAGUUUUUACUGACGCGCUACUGUAGCAUCAUGCCCCCAGGAAAACGGUGGGAUCUCUUUACGAUGAGAGGAACUCAAACAGGGGAUUAGCCAAAAUGCUGCUAAACUAAUACAAAAGUUGCCCCCUUGUGGUCAAAUAGGAACGUCACUGCACACGGCCUUUUACUUUUGUUUCCCUUUGUGACUCCCAGUGUGGACCAACAUUGUGUCUUCUUCUGAGCUACGCUUCAGGUAGCAUCGCUUGUGUUUGUCUUGCAUCUCUUUGCCUUGCGCCAAGCUAUUCCUCGCCAUCACGUCACUUCGGUCAAGACAUAGCUGCCCAUGUCCCAUUUUUAUUUCUGGACUUGUCUCCAAACCAAUGUCAAAUAUGUCGAAAUCUUUGGUUCACAGGUGGUCAGUUCGUCCCUUCGUCAAGCCAACGGGAAUAGGAACACUAGCAUGGGGUAGAAAGUCUGGCAAAGUGAGCAACAUAAAAUUUCUCCAUUGCGAGACUAAUAAAGGUUUUCUUAUUUUCUUAUUAAAACAUGCCCUACAAUAUCCACUUGUCGCUAAAAGUGGAGCUAGCCAUUCGGAAGCUCGCGCGAGAAGCUAAUGCCACCUAGAAAUCCGGGAAGUAGAAACCUGCCAAAGUAAGCAUUAAGCAUGGCCUUCCACAUCCACUUCAUACUUAAUGCUAAAAUGCUAAAAGUGGACCAUCUCAAGCUACUGUCACUGUCCUUACGCCUUAUGUCACGCUUCUUUGUGUUAUCUAGCCUUCAGUUGAAUACCUCUGAGAUAUUACAGACGCCUUUCUUCAGAAUAUGAAAUUAGCGGUACAAUCGUUUUUUUUAAUCCAAAUAUUUAUUUCCCUCCCAGGUGGUUCGUUUUGGUCAGGUGUGAACACAAGAAAUAAACAUUAUACCGGUUUUUAUGCUAAUGCUAUCAACUAUUGAUAGCGUUAGCAUACAUCAUCAGUUUUGUGUCAAUACGUACCUUGAAAAGUGCACUCGGCUAUUUGUUGGUAUUGCAAGCCUUGCUAGAUUGUCCAAGUAAUUGCUUUUUUUCUUUUGUCGGCUUGACGCUGAAUGCUAAAUUUGAAACCCUCCCGCAUCCUUCCUUACAACUUUCAUGCUUGUCUGUGCCAUCUCAUCCACCCUUCUGUUAAAUCCCUCUUUAACGUCACUUGUCAACACAUUUUAUCAUGAAUCUUUAGCAUUAAUAUUGGCACUAGCAUUUUUUUUUCAUCAAACUACAGUUCUUACCCUCACUGGUAUGAUUUUUGGUCAUGUAAAAAUCCGAUGUGACCCAAAACUUUGUAAUGGGGAUGUAACCAGAGGUAGUUGGCAUUAGCAUAGCAUCUUCGGUUUAGCAGUCCAAGACGCACACCGACUUAAAGGUGCUCUCGACUACUUGAUGGUAUUCCGCGGCCUUGCUAGAUUGUCUAAUUUGUUGCUGUUUGUACGUGCUAGCCUGUAAGCCAAACGCACUUCCUGUUUACGUUGGCUUAACCGAUAGAAGGGGUGUUCUGGUUAGACCAGAGUCAAAACACACUGAGGUGACACGACUAGAGCAGAUAAUACAUGUGCAAAACAACCUUCGAGUCCACAAUUUUUGUGUAUAUUUGUUGUUCACUUCGAUCUCCGUACGCCCCGCUUUACUCUACCAUCCAACCAUGUUUAUUGUCACCUUAAGUCACUCCCUUCACAGCUAGCUUGCAGCUAGCAAAAAGUCUCAAAGGUUUCACAUCCGUUAACCAUCAGCCGGAAACUAACCAACCGUUUCUCUCUUUUCUUUCUUCUCACGGUUUUUGUGGUGCUCGUUGCCCUGGUGAUGUUUUGAGUGUGUCCUCGAACCCACUGACCUCCUCCCCUCAACACACACACACACACACAUACACACGUGCACACACACCGUCUGUAGGCCUCCAGGCCUUCAUGUUUCUAACCUCUCAUGUACUCCACGUUGUUCUUGACUUCAGUGUCUAUUUCCUGUUGCAUACGUUGAGUUCACAAAAUUAGAAGCAUGGCCGCUGUCAGGUCUUCCCAGUGCCAUCCCGUCAAACUUCUGUUCCGACUCUGAUACUACCUUGGACAUGUGUGUACAAUUGCUGUCAAAUGGUGACAAUUGUUUUCAACACAACAAUGCGUGAGAAGAGAGUGUCAAGUCUUCCCACCCCCGCCCUAGCCGUACCGUUUUACACAAUCCCGCCUUUGUUACGGUUCUUAUACUACCUCCGAAGCCGGAAUAUUGCCGAAUAGAUUGUUCCCUCAUUCCUUGUCACCGCUGUCAGCCCUAAUGUUACACAGUGGUACUAAAAUGUUGAUAAAACCUCAACAACCUUCAUCGGAUACUGUACAUACAACUGGAUUGUUUUAUUUAAUUAUUCUUGUCAGUAAUAUUUAAUUGUUUGUUUUUUUUUCAUGUUGGUUCACAAGUUCUGUCAUGACUGCGAGCAUGUGGUAAAUUCGAACCACAAAAUGUCUACCCGGGUGGCCAUUUUGUGGUUAAAAACACCAAGUACACUACAGAAUAUCUAUGGCUAACAAUGUAAAAGUCACAGGGUUUUUCCUGGCUUAAAUUGAGACUGAGGUGGUACCAUUCUGAUCCUGUUCAUGUAUUUACGUGUGUUUCUAUUGCUGUUUCUUUUGACACAUUUCUUGAAACAUACCACUUGCCUUGAAAAAUACUAAAACACGUCUGUUUAUUUUCUUCCAAGUUGGACAUUUCUUUUGGAUACAAAAAGAAAAACAUGUAGAAAAAUCACCCCGACUCAUUGGCAGUAGGCAAGGAAAUCAUGAUUUUAGCAGCAUUUUUGAUGUGUACUAUUUCGAUUUCAGUCAAAAAUUAACCCAGCUAUUUCAAUGGUCAGGGAAUCGCCAGGUUUCAUGAUGAGAGAGUCCAAAAUUAGGAGGAGAUCGCCACCUCCAAAUUUUAUUUGCUGGAAAAACCCUGCAAUUGAAGGUACACUCUCUUGUGAUCGACACAACCUUACGAUAAUUGUGCUAACGUGUUAAUUAUUUGGGUGGGGGGGGGGGGGGGGUUCAGUGUUUGCUCUCCGAUUGAACAUUAAGUUAUGCGAUGAUUUCUAUGUUAGCGACAAUGCUAACACAACAAAGUGCUGGGACCAUGCCUUUUUUAAAAUGACUUUCACCUGUGAGCUACUUUGCUAUGCAGUUUAGCAUCCUGAUUCAUGGAAGCACUUUGUGCAUUUAUUUGAAAUCCUUGAUAUCCAUUUAAGGUCCGUGUACUAUUAAGCUCUUUGACACAUGCUAAAAAAAAAAGACCACUUGGAUAUGCAAGUGUGACAGCAAAUAUAUAGACCUCCUCCUCCUUUGCGUCUUGUCCUGCUGAUUUUUAUAUGAGCGCCACUGGCGAAAGUGUGUAAGCGUGGAACCAUUUAACAUUAGUUUGGGUGGACAAAUGUUUCAUGGCAAGCGCUUUGUAUCCGAGUGAACCUCGUUUGUUGUGACGUCAUUGCCUCUUGCACAACUUGAAAAUGAUUUUAAUGUUUUUAUUGUUGUUGUUGUUGUUUUUUUGAAUCCUUACUGGUUGUCAAAGAAACAUCCCGUUGACCAGUCCAAGCCUUUAAACUCGUGAUACCGGGGAGAAAAUGUUGAAUUAAAACGAUUGUCUGGAAUGCUUGACAUGUUUAAUUGGUUGUGUAUUUGUGUGUAGCUUUUUGUAAAUAUGAAUAAUGAUCUAUCCUACACCAGCAACUUGUCUCUUGUUUUAACAUGGACAGCUUUCACAUGCAUCGUCUGUAUUGUGAUACAAGUGACAUUGGGAUCCUGAAUAAUUGAUGUUGUGGAAGGAAAUCAUCCACCAUAUGUCGCAAUGUCUCUGAAAGUCAUGAAAACUCACAAUAUGAUACCCCAAUAUUUUUACAGUAUAAAUGUUGGCGGCGAAAAAAGUCUCCAAUAUGUCCUGAUAUAGUUCUUAAAAAGGAAAACCUAAGUUACAAUGUUAUCUUAAUGUAUUUCCCACGAUAGCAAAUGGUAUCACGAUACAGGGAUUGUCUAAUAAUUGUGAUAUCGAGGGAAUAACGAUACCUUGUAAAUGUAUAUAUUGGAUGAAAAAUAUGUAAGAUUAAAUGUACAUAUGCACUUAAUUAAGGAGACUGUGAUUAUUUUGCCACGACACCAAUGGUGUCAUGGUACUUUUUUUUCCAACAAAAUUGAAGAUAUACAUUGGAAGACAAUUCUGUCCACAAUUUGAUAAACAAAAAACAGUUUUAUUGCAAUGGUUUCCAAAAAAUGCCAACGGUAUCAUGAUAUGGCAAUUGCAUGAUAAGUGAUAUAAAUAAUGGAAGAAAAGUAUUUAUACAUUUAUUUAUAGAUCACAAUGUUGUAAUGACUCAUGAAAUAAUUCUGUCGCAGUGAUAUCAAUAGGUUCCACAAUGCAGAUCCACAGUCAGUCAAUUUUAGCAUUUAUUUUUGGAAUUGUAAAGUUAAUUUUAGAUGUUUGUGAAAGCUGUCGCUGGUUUAAUCAUUUCUGCUGCUUUUAACAAAAAAAAAGUGCCAUGUGCAAUGCGUAUGUAAUGAUGUGAACAAGACUUUUUCUCAAAAGGAAUAAAAGUGAACCUGGAUGAAA